CGCAUCCACUGUCACAGCCACUGCCACUCCCGUUGACACGAAGUCAUCGUCACAUCGUAUCGAGGCAUCCUUGCCGUCGUCGUCGCCAUGUAUAACCCUGCUCAGCAACAACAGCAACAGGCUCAGUAUGCUCAGAGAGGGGCUGCUGGCCCUGCUCAGGGCGGCGCUUAUCCUGGCGAUCACCAUCAGCAGGCAGCAGCAGCAGCAGCCGCGUAUCAUCAGCAGACACAGGCGAUGCCCGCGAGCCAGGCAGCCGCUCAAGCUGCUGCUCAGGCUCAGAGGAAACGACAUACCACCGACAGCAUGCUCGCAGACUCGAUCAGAGGGAUGAAGAAGGGCAAGCCUACCAGCAGGGCCAUCCCACCCAGCAUCCAGAAGCAUAUCCCUGAGAGUGCUCUGUAUGGUCAGCUGCAGAAGGACGAGAGGGCUUUGGAUUGGACAUUGGCUAGAAAGAGGGCCGAGCUAGCAGAGGGGCUGGCGAACAGGCCGCAACGAAUUAAGCGCACGCUGCGCAUCUUCCUCAGCAAUACCUGCGCCAAUCAACCCUUCCAAAAAGAGGAGCAAGCAGCUCUCCGAGCGCAGAACCGCGGCGACAAUCAGGAGAGGUCUGCUACACCGCAAGCUAAGCCAGAUGCCACGGGCGCAUCAAGUAACGAGGCUGGUCCAUCCAACCCUUCUUCCUCCUCCGCAGAUGCAGAUGUUCCCUCGUGGACACUGCGCAUCGAAGGUCGCCUCCUCGAUCCCUCGUUCCGCUCGCGCGCCGUCCAUGCAAAGAUGGCUCAGGCGACCUCUGAUCGAAUUGGGGCUCAAAAAUUCUCCAACCUCGUCAAGUCCUGCGUCAUCGAGCUGUCGAGGGAUCCUGCUGCUUACCCAGCAGAGGAGAACCUCGUGGAGUGGCAUCGACCGACGCCCAAUGUCGCUCCUCAAGCAGCGACGCGUGACGGGCAUGAGAUUCCCCUCAUCACUGCCUCUGACCCAGGGCUGGAUGGGUUCGAGGUGAAACGCAAGGGCUCGGAGCCUGUGAAAUGCAAGAUCGCCCUCUAUCUCUCCCACACGCCGGAGCGAUACGCCCUCGACCCUGCUCUAGCUAGCCUGCUGGACAUCAAGGAAGAGACACGCGCGGGUAUCAUCUCAGCCCUCUGGGCCUACAUAAAGGAUCGCAAGCUCCUCGACGAGCGUGACCGCCGCAUGGUGCGGCUCGAUCCUCCCCUGCAGCACCUCUUCAAGACCGAAGCCAUCGCUUUCCAUCACCUGCCCGAAGUGGUCAAUCGUCUCCUCCACCCUCCAAACCCAAUCGUGAUUGAGUACUGGAUCCGUACGGAUGUGGACGCCAAUAAGCACAGCACGGCCUACGAUAUCGAGCUAGACUUGGAGGACUGGAUGUCUCGCGUCAAGCAGGAGAGGGUACUGAGCAGCUUCGACGCCCAAGGCGACCACGCGAGGGAAGUGGCAGACUUGGAUGAGCGCAUAGCUCAGGCAGUCCAGUCGUUGGCCAACCACGGCUCAGCGCGUGACUUCCUCUACUCCUUCUCGCAAGAUCCACAGCAGCAUCUCUCCUCCUGGCUCGCUUCUCAGUCCAGAGACCUCGACUCGAUCCUUGGCUCCAAAUCGAGCGUACCGGGCGCAGGGUGGGGAGCGGGUGUGAGCAAUGAGGAGAUGAGGAGGGCAGAGACGUUUACUGGAGCAUGGGUGGAUGAGGCCAUUACGGGCCAUGUGGCUUUGGAGACUGCGAGGAGGAAGAAGGAAUUGGAGGAGCGCGAGAGAGAGCAGGAGCGUGAUAGGAGGGCGCAGAGGGCGAGAGAGCAACAGGCGCAGAGGGAGAGGGAGCAGGGAGGAGGAGGGGGGAGGGUGCCAGGCAUGUUGGCGGGACCGCAGUGAGUGGGAUGAAGAGGUUCAGUGUGGAGCAAUGCCAGUCAUUCAAUCUCUUGACGUCAGAGACAAGCUUGCACGAUCGCUGGAGGACGAUAGAAGGAUACAUCAGAUUGAAGCGCAGGGGGCAAGGACAUGUGGUAAUGACAACAGAAGGGAGGCAAGGUCGCGCGAUCAAGCUGGGGUGAGGUAUGAGGAGCCAAGAGUCGACCACUGCGCGACGCUGACGAAUCGGAGAGAGAAGCAGUGUAGGGGUCGCCUACCUACUCUUUGCGCUCCUGAUUCGGGCGCUGCUCCUCCUGUACAGCACUGUCGCCCAAUCGCACCCAGCUCUCGCCCAGUUGAGCCGUGCGAUCGUUGGGCAUCGUCUC